GGAACUAAAUCAUUGCUCUACGUUUCUACCCGAACGAGGUAAUUUUCAACGAUCACCAAAAUGGACGAGACUAAUAAAAUUUAAUCACCGCGAGAGUAACUUAAACAGCGAAAUGAUUUAGUUGCCAGAGGUAAAAUUAAGUAUUAAAAGUAUGGUAUAUAAUCCAGUUUUUAUACUGAUUGAAGGCAAUUGAAGUUUUAAUAUUGAAUAGAAUGCUGUUGUAAAAUUUAUAUAAUGGCAGACCGUAAGGACGAACAAGCGUACCGAAACUGGUGAACAAUUCGAGAUAACAAAUAGAAGACCGUACAGUAACGGGUUACGUGCGUUUAUGUUCGCGAAAACUGGAGACAUUUCCGGUAAUCAAGGCUCGAUUUCAAAAAACGAUAACGUAAUUUCUAUCGAUCACUGACACAUGUGGAACAAGAUUAUUCGUCUAAAAAUAAAAUGGAUUAAAGAUCGCAAAGACAAAAAUACAAAUCGUAUUCGAUAAAUAACCUAAAAUUCUCAAUCGACUCUAACGACGAAAUAUCAUUUAUUCCAUUUAUACGAGACGAGCCUAAAUAUCGAUGUAACGUGAAAACGAUCGAAAAGUGCAUCGAAAUAACUGCAAACUUGUGCUUCGUUUAAAAAAAGAGAACAGCAAUCGGCCAUUUUCAGUUUUUCAUGGCGAAAAAAAAUUGCAGCGACGCGUUCCGUAUUGAUUUGGAAAUUAUUUAUACGGUGUGUACGCGUCACGUGUGUACGCGGCUUUAUGAAUCCGGCCGAUCAAUUUAUCGUUCGAUUUACGAGGCGCGUAAACCAUGCUCCGUCACCAUUCCGAGAACAUUUAUCCUAAUCUUCGAGGCGUGUUUCUAACGGAGGACGACAAAGAGCGAAAAGAGAGGCAGGAAAAAAGGAGGAAGGGCGACGGUGGUGGGGGAAGAGCUCGUGUUAAAUCGCCGAUUAAACGACAACGCGGCGUGAAACGAGGGAAUGAAACAUCGAUAAUGGCGGACGAUGAACAAAUGACUCGUUAUAACGUACUCGUGACGCGUGAAUUUAAUUUGUCUGUACGGAAACUGGCGGUGAAAUUCAGAGGUCGCAGACAUUGGGAAUUCAACGCGUAUCUUGCAGCAGUUUGCACGUGUAAUUUACUCUUGUAUGACUCUCACACGCUAUAA